AUCAUCUCGCGACUUCAACGAAAAGCAAGGGCAUGAUGAAUUGCUAUGUCGCUAAAGAUUCAUAACAACCUGCAUUGGUAAUCUUAGCACAAACCAAAGACAGGCUAAAUCUUUAAGAGGAGAGUCGAUGGUGUAGAAAGAAAAUUAUAAUUCUUACAGUUGUGGUUUGGAAACUGACUUUCUCCAUAUCCUCUAAUCGAAGACAAAAUGAUUUCUUUUACAGGUUUUUAUUUAAAAUCCUGUGAGGUACUUUUCAAGUAUGACGUCAAGUCGUAGCUGAUCUAUUUAUAGCUCUGUUAACGCAUGAUGCAACGAUGAUGAAAUCGAUGUAAACAAACCAAAAUUAGAAAUUGGAAGAGUUUAUGGUAAUCCGUGCUAUAGCUUUCAUCAUUCUUUAACGACACAGAGCCAGCAAAACAUGUCUACCAUAAUAUCAAUUUUUCAUCGACGAAAGAAACGAAAUUGUUUUCCACAUGGGCAUAGCGGUACGGAACGGCCAAAUUGUACGAAAAACGCAAACUCAUAAUCGAAGCCAUGUUUCUCGAAAAGCGAGUUACAGCUCCAUCGAGGAUCCUCUCCUUGAAGACGCUCAAAUGUACAUUGGAGAAAACUUCACCGUCAAAUACGGAAAUAUUUUUAAUCUUCGCCGUAAAGUUUGCACGGAGACACAUUCUGGCGUGGUAUUCACCGAACUCAAACAACUGAAACCGGUGUCGCAAAUGUCCUUGUCAACAGGAGCUAAACGAAUGUCAACAUCUCCCAACGCCGGGGGGAGCUCAGAAAAGAGUGAAAUUCUCAGUUUUGAGCUUCUUCGGCGCUGUUUUGGAGCCGAUCUGCACAAAACCGAAAUGGAAGUGCAAUAUUUUCCCGAAGGUGGCUCCAUAACCGAUUACACGUGUAUGAUGUUCAGAACAAAAGUAGGUGUCUCUGUCACAAGGGCUAUGAAAUAUCAUGGAGAUUUCACGGUAGAAGACGCUCAGAGAAUGCUUAACAAAAAGCUUACUGGAGUCCUUAAGUCUACGAAAAACACCAUGGAAAAUUGGAGCAAGCAGAUUUUGCACGUCUGGGCUACCUCUCUGGCAGCCUCUGUCCUAAUUGCUGAAGCGUAUAAUUUAAUACCCAAGGACUUGAAAUCAAACACUGUUGUUUUAGUUACAGUGACGGAAAAUAACGAAGUUUUUUCAAACUAAUAUGUUCAGGUUCGAUUUGAAAGGUGUCGAUAUUUUGUAAAUAAUCUUUUUAUAGGAUUGAACCGGUGUGUACAACUGUUUUUAUAAACUGUAAAUAUUAUGAGUACAGCAUGUGAUGAUAAAAUGAAUUAAUGUCCAUUUUGCAUGUGGAACAAGGAAACUCUUUGGUCAAAAACGGCUCAUACCUAUAAAAGGAGGAAAAUAAAAAUUCAUCAAUUAAAUUCAA